UUAAUCGAGAAAGAUUUCGAUCAGGAUGCACAUAUUCGAGAAGCCGUCGAUGUUCGAAGAUGGUGGGCAAUGUUCGCGUCGUUUUACGAGAAGAAAUUUAUAAAUAUUCCAUCACGUGAAACACUCAUUCGUACUAUUGAGCGUGAGUAUCAUUGUUGUGGUUUUGAAACAAGUGAAGAGUAUUGGAAUUACACUCAUUUUUUACAUGUCCGAUUGAUCAGUUCAAUAUCGCAAUUCGAAUACGAUUCGUUCUUAAGCUACCUACAAACCGAUUGGGCAUUGACGGCGUAUAGGGAAACGGGUCUUCUUUAUGCGUAUCCUCCAAAUUGCUGUGAAAAUUGUUUUUUGGAAGCCACAAACAUCAGUCUGACAAUAUCAACAAUCAUAUGGCAACCUGAACAUUUGGGAAUUUUAAAAGAUUCACUUGGUAAUAUCACAUUAAAUGGCACAAAAUGCAAUUUUGAGGUGGACGAUUUACAAACGAAACAAUUGUAUACGUUGUGCGCGUACACUGCACUGAUGUUUUUGUUGAGUGGUUCGGUUUGUGUAUGUGUUUGCAUGCGGAAUUUUUGUCAGUGGAUAACCGAGGGAGUGGACGAGGAGAAAUACAUCGAAGAACUGCAAGCAGGGAGGCAGUUAAGAGAUAAACUUCGCAAUCGAAAAAGAAUGCUCAGUGAAGACUCGAAUUUGACCAAUACUACGGCGAUUGGUGCGGGUAAUUUUCAUAAUCGGUUAGCGACACGAGCGCAAAUGACACGAUACGUUCCAGCGCAUAAAGCGAAACCGGAUCGAAGUCGAUGCGGAUGCACGAAAGGAGAAGUACAGAAUAAUUCAUGA